ACUCAUUCAAGUCUGUAUUGUGUGUGUGCGAGAGACAGAGACUGGUGGAUCGACACAAGCACGCGCACCACGGACACUGUUGUGUCUCUGUAGCUAUCUCUCUCGUGCACACAUCACACCUGCGCGCGCCUCUCCCUCUCUCUCCCUCCCUCUCUCUCCCCGCCACUUCAAAGCUCUACUUGAAAGUGGGCUCGAGACAAGAGUUGUUGUUCUUUCCGCCUGGUGGUGCCACGCGCCGAGCAUCAUCGUCAUCAUCACCAUGCCUCGAGGAUUCUUGGUGAAGAGAAACCGGCGAUGUGCGGCGUCAUACCGCUCACGAAGUAACACUAACAACAAACCGGUACCGUCUGACGGUGACAGGAGCAACUGUGAGAACUUUGAGGCGACAAAACCGGAGGCCGGGAAGGAGAAAGGCGCGUUGAAUGUUUUCUCCUUUGAACGGGCAGAUGGACUACUCCCGGUGUCCCGCGAAGACUCCGCCGGUGUCAGAGAGGCUUGGAGCCCGCACGUGGAGUCUGCGCUGGAGGCGGAGGCGGACCGGCGCGCGCAAUUACCGGAGACCGAGGAGCAGGUGAGCGAGGUGGACGUUUUGACUCCUGAUAGUGAUUUCUCCUGCUUCCUCCCUCCUCCUCCACUACCACCACGCGACUUGACCGUAACUGAGUCUUGCAGCCCCGUUAAACCGGUCGGCACGCGACUUCUGGAACACCACGAGGAAGGAGAGAAGCAGCCGCUGUUCCCCAGUCAGUGCCUGACAUCAUCUCCAGUGUCGGAGUUACCGGAGCUUCCAUUCCUGGUGAGCUCCACGCCGACCUCGGUGUCCGCUUCUAUCGAGAGGCUCCUCGCGAGCAGCAGCCGCCACGCGCCGUCCUACGGUCCCAGUGACAAAUACGAGCAGAGUAUGGGUCACGCGCACUUGUUCCCGCCGCUGACACUGAUGAACCAGGAGCAGCAUCACGCAGCGAGGAAACGCUCGUUCCUCGAGCAGGACCAACGCUUGAACAGCAACAGACACAACAAACAGUCCGUGGGAAACCCGUCAAAGAAACCCAAAGUGAACCGGAAACUGAACUUCGAGGAUGAAGUCACCACCUCGCCAGUUUUGGGUCUGCGAAUCAAGAAGGAAAGUCCCGAGCUGAGGAGACAGCGGGAGAAGUCCACUGCGCCCACCGGGAACCAGCCGCUGGGAGAGUUCAUCUGCCAGCUUUGUAAAGAGGAGUACCCCGACCCUUUCUCCCUCGCGCAGCACAAGUGCUCCCGCAUAGUGCGCGUGGAGUACCGCUGUCCCGAGUGCGACAAAAUCUUCAGCUGUCCCGCCAACUUGGCAUCUCACCGCCGCUGGCACAAACCCCGUCCGGUAAACAACCAAGCAGGAGAGACUCCGACAAACAAGAGCCAGCCGUUAAAAGAGGCACGAGGGCUCCUUCAGCACGAGAGGCAGCCAGUAGAGUUGGAGGGCAAAGAGAACGAGCUGCUGCGUAUUAACACUAAUCAGCACCACGGAGUGCUGGACAGCUCCCGCAUCAGGGGCGAGCCGUCCCUGGUGCUGCUCCACGCUCGGUCUCGGGACAGCCCCGACAGCGACAGCCUCGCGCCUCCGCACUAUGACUCCUCGCUUCAUUACCGGAACCCGGUUGAGAGCUGUCUGGAGCUGCAGCAGCAGGUGAGAGCGGCGGACAGUCCACCCUCGAGCCUCCUUCUACUAAACGGCAACCCAGACGAGCGCGCGGAGCUGCAGCAGCAGCAGCAGCAGCAGCAGCGGCCGUCACUUCCUCAUCCUCCCUUACCGUUUGUCCAGUCUUUACCGGAGGAGGAAGUGUUCGAGUGCCGGUACUGUGGGAAGAAAUUCCGCCGGCAGGCUUACCUGAGGAAACACCUUGCCGCGCACGAGAUGACAGCGCGAGCGUCCCCGCCCCCAUCGUCUUAUGGCCAGGCGCGCGAGACCGGUGGAGGACAGAGCCAGGUGUUCCUCUGUCACCUGUGCGGCGCGCGCUUCCCGUCAGUUGAAAUCAGAGACAAGCACCGUCUGUGGCACGCGAUGAGGGACGAGUUACUGGCGGGAACAUUGGGAGGAGGACUCAGACCAGACGUGUUCCACUCGCAGGGAGACGAGAGCGGCGCCGGGGAGUGCGAGCAGCAGCAGAUCUACACGUGCAAGCACUGUCCGUCCACAUUCUUCAGCUCCCCGGGGCUCGCGAGACACAUCAACAAAUCUCAUCCCACCGAAAGCCGGCAGGUGAUGCUGCUGCAGAUGACGGUGCGACCGUAAAACGCGCACGAGACACAGACACACUCAAACAAGCCAAACAGCAUAAUUUGGAAAAAUAAUCAGUCACUGGUUGUCAGUACAGGGAACAUGUUAAAUGUGGCUUUUAGCUGUUUUCAUCCACACUGAAGACAACAUUUAUCUCAGCCAUUGUUCUCUGAGGGCUGUGUGUGUCAGUUGUGGUCAAAGAGCACUAUGCCUUUGGUUUAAAGGUCAGAAAAAAUGACACUUAUGACACUAGAAGGUUGCAGACGUUUUCCAUGGUCAUAAAACUGAUAAGAUGAACCAAAAGCAAGAGUUAACAAAAGUUUUCUGUGAUGCUGAAAGUGCUGACAGUUAAACUGGAACUGUCCGUGGUGCUGAAACUAACAGAACUACUGAAACUUGUAGCCUACAAAUGAACCACAACCCCUGACCAGGCUACUGACACCAUGUCCGCAAACACAGAUGGCUUCUGUAAUCUCCCGCAGUUUGUUCAGUUUAAUAGCAUGAUUAUUAUUAAGACAGAAAUUUUAACAUGACGGGAAAUUAAAGUGACCCAUAAAAGGGCUUCUGUCGAAAUCCUAAAAUCAAAACACAUCUUACAUCUUAUCAGUAUUUAGGUUGUUGAUGCAAAGAGUAAAGUCAGUAAUGCAAUCUGAAGUCACGCAGUUUCUACAUUUUUUAUUCUCAUAAAGAGAAUAUUUGUCCUGAUCUGUAUUGGCACAGAUGAUGCUAUCUCUUUUCAGCUUCAGCUCUCUGUAAAUGAUUUGACAUUUAAUCACAGUAACUCAACUGUUGGUGAAGAUUUGAGAGAAUGGGACAACUUAAGUUUGACAGAAAUGGCAUUUUGAUCAUGACUAAGAUAAGAGGGUACAAAUUUGAUCUGAUUAUACUGAAGCAAUGAUCAACACAAGUCUCUCUACAUGAGGCAGACAUUUAAACAGAAUGUCAACAUUUUUCUGUUGCAAAGUAAUCAGAUUACACUGAAGCCCAGGUGGAGUCUAUGUCACAUUACUGACUGGUGUAAUAUGUAGUGACUUGUAAUUACAUUUAGAAAGUGCCCUUCCUCACCCCAAGAACUGGAGACGGAAUCAAUGUCCUAACAAUAUUUCAAAGACUAUUUCAUGUACAGUGAACAAUAAAAAAAAAAGAAGAAAAUAAUCAGACAGACCAUAAUAUGCCUUUUUAUAGUAAAAUAAAUGUGCCAGUAAAGUUCUCAGCUAUAAAAUAUUUUCAUACAGAAAUGGAACAUUUAAUGUUAGUACUGCUUGUAAAAGAAAAUGUCUUUCGUCUUUAUUGAUUAUAUAUAACUGUUGGAAUAUUUGCUAAAUGCCUUCAUGAUGCUAAAAAUGUAACUGUGGUUCUAUGAAGCCUAUACAAUACUAUUUUGAUAUGUUUGAGGUUGAAUGUGAAAUUUAUUCUAAAUUAUU